CACAGCUCACCCUGAGCUGAGAGACGAGUGGUAAAGAGACAGGAAACUGCACUCACAUCUGGACACAUCAACACACACAAACACAGAUAUAUAUCUACGUAUAUAUAAACACAUCUGGAGAGGAAUAACUUCUAUCUGAGGCUCGGAGGAGAGACGAGAAAGAAGCAGAGCUUCACAGAUCUCUCUCAUCCUCCCACCACUGAAGGAAGAAAAUCCGCUGCAGGAGAAAGACAGCGAGCGGCAGAGCGGCGUGUGAGCGUUUGCUGCUGCCUGCGACAAGAGAAGAGAAGAGAAGAGAAGAGAAGAGAAGAGAAGAGAAGAGAAGAGAAGAGAAGAGAAGAGAAGUGGACAGGAUGCAGAAAAUCUGAUCAGCAACUUGGGGCGGCGUGUGGGCGGCAGACAGCUGGGGCUGUGAUUCCCAGAAACCCCGACUCGGCAUGAAAACAAAGAGAUGCUACAACUGAGACGAAGCUCCUGCAUCACGAGACAGAGUCAAACCCGUUUACGUCUGAGGAAAACCAGUUUCACGUCCACAUGAGGCUGGAACGAGGACGCAAAAGGCCGGCGACGCAGAGAUAAAAGCAUCCGGAGAGGACUGUGUGUUGGAGGUACAAAAGAGCAGAUAUGGGAUAAAUGGAUUUCUAAAAAAAAGGUGCCAGGAAGUCAUGCUGAACACUCCACACAUUGUUUCCUCUGGAUGGAAUAAAACCCAAGACACAGGAAGAAUAUAUUUCAACACCUGCGCCUUCUCUUUUUUUCCUCUUUUCAGAACACAUGGAUGAGUGUUAAAGCGGCUAAACUUUGACUAUCAAACGUCUACAUUAUCUUUUAAACUCUUGGCAGAAAACAGUUGGAUUUUCUUCUUCCAUCUGCUGAACACAAAUCACAGAGCAGAAGGACUUUGUUUGUGGACAGCGGCACACCUGGACUUUACAAACUGUGCCUUUUCUUUCUUGUUUGCCCUGACCAGAUGGCUGCCUGGCUGGCAGGUGGAUGCAGAAGCGAUCGCCUCGUUUAACAUUAACCGGGUUUCACAAAACAAACGAGCAUGCCGGAGCGCGAGCUGGAGGCGUAAACGAGACCCAGUGAGCGUGCGUCACAGUGAUGUUGUUGUUGUGCCCCGUAGCUCAAAUGCAAAUGAGGCUUCUGUCUUAGCUGUGUCUUGAAAAUGAUCAGAGAGAUAUUUAAAUCAUUUACACAGAUCUAUCCGCCUGCAGAAGGAACAUCAGCAGACGAGGCUAAGUGAUAAAAAUAAAGUGUACAGCGUGUCAUGUUUGUCAGGAUGAGAGGACUCUCGCAGUAGAGCUGCAAAGGUUAACAAUUAAAAUAACUGCCAACUAUUUGGUGAUUGAUUAAUUGGUUUGAGUCAUUUUUUUGAUGCAAAACAAUGACUUCAUUCUUUUAUUGCAGCUCAUUAAAUGUGAAUAUUUUCUAGUUUCUUCUCUCCUCUGUGAGAGUAAACUCAAUAUCUUUGAGUUGUGGACAGAACAAGACAUUUGAGGACGUCUUCUUGGGCUACUGAUCCACUGUGAAAAUAAUCGGUAGUUGCAGCCCUAAAUAAGAGCAGAUUAUUUAGACAAAUCUGACUGUUGACUCUUUUCCUCCUCCCUGCUGUCUCAUUUUGUGUCAAGUCAGAGUUAUUAUUCCUCCUGAUAGCCUGACCUCUUUACCUCUCUGUUAUCCUUUCUUAUUCACAGCUUUGGCAUUGGGAAACAAUAAUCCACACUUUAUAGACCAAACAACUAAUCGAUCAAUUGAGGAGCUAAUCGACACAUUAAUCAAUGAUGAAAAUUGGAAGUAUGAAGGAUGUAAAACUUGUGUAAAGAGCAGAGAGUAACAGAGAUAUAAGCUGGGUGUAUAAACAGAGAUAUAAGCUGGCACCAUGUUGUAUGUCGUUGGGUUUGUGCCGGGUGUGGUGUCUCUGGCCGUUACAGCAGCGUCUCCGUCACGCUGGUCUGUUGUUGUGCUGUUAGUUUGUUUCCAGCUGCGCUCGGUCCAGGCCACCAUCUGUCUGUCUCCGGGCUCCUCGCAGGCAGGCGGAUGCCUCUGUGCCUCGGACAUCCUCAGCUGCACGGCCGCCGGGCUCGAUCACAUCCCCGCGGAGAUGCCCGUCUCCGUCGUCACUCUGGAUCUCAGCCACAACCGCAUCGGGCAGUUGGAUGCCGGCGGCUUUCAGGGACUCUCUCGAUUGGAGACAUUGCGUAUAGCGCACAACCAGCUGACUACGAUUCACCCGGGGGCAUUUCGAAACACCUCUGGGACUCUGCUGCGACACCUGGACCUGUCGUCCAAUCAGCUGCGUGUUCUGGAGCGGCAUUAUUUCCUCGAUAUGCCAGGAUUGGAGGAACUGCUGCUGUUCAACAACCGCAUAGUCCACGUGGAGAGCAGAGCUCUGGCGGGACUGGGCAGCCUCCGAAAGGCCUACCUCAGUCACAACCGCCUCACCGACUUCCCUUUCUUUUCCUUCCAGGAGCAUAGCCACCCUCACCUGUCCAUGCUCGACCUGUCCUCCAACCGCCUGCCCAAACUGCCCCUCGAGGACAUAUCAAACUUACCCCUGUCCGUGCAGCGAGGACUCUACCUUCACAACAACUCGCUGUUGUGCGAGUGCGCCAUGUACGGACUCUUCCGGCACUGGGAACAGCAAGGCUUUGCCUCUGUGAGAGACUUCCAACAAGAGUACACCUGUCUGGUUUACGGGAUACAGAGAGGGACGGUGCGCUUCUUCCAACACAGACGCUACUUUGACAAAUGCAACUUGACCGGGACAAGUCAGGGGCUGAAGACGCAAGAGAGCAGCGUUUCCGUGAAGGUUGGGAGACGACUGCUGCUGCACUGCCUCACUACUCUCGCCGCAGAACACGUGACGUUUCUCUGGGUGUCGCCGAAUCAGGAGUACGUGGCGCCACCGGGAAACAACGGCUCCUUGAAGAUGUACGCCAACGGCAGCUUGGAGAUCGUGGCGGCCCGUGCGGAGGACGCUGGGAUCUACUGGUGCAUGUCGUUGGAUCGGGAGCAUCGACGCAACGAGACACGAGAGGUCAACGUGACCGUGCUGCUGCAUCAAGACGGCGAACAUCACGAGCCAUUCAACACCGGGUUCACCACCCUACUAGGCUGCGUGGUGAGCCUGGUGCUCGUGCUCAUGUACCUCUACCUGACGCCAUCGCUACCGACUGUACAGCAUGUGCCAAAAAAAAAAAAAAAAAAAAAAAAAAAAAAACCCCCCCCCCCACCCACAAAACCACCCCCCCCCCCCCCCCCCCCCCCCCUGGAGCCAAUCAAAGAGCAGCAGAAUGGCAAAAUCAGGGCGGGACCGGGCGGACAUUUGGGUCCAGGGUUACUGUUAGAAGCAGAGCAGCAUGCAAAGCUUCACAGCCAGUCGCAGCCGCCGCCGAGGGCGGGGGAGACGGACUGCAUCAUGUCCAUGUUCUCAGACACUCCCAUCAUGCUGCCAUAGCAACAGAGAGACACAGACUGGCACUAUCAUCACCUCUCACUCCCUUCCUCCCUCCUCUGAUCCUGCGUUUCCUCCUCAACACCUCCCACUGCCCCCAGCACUGGGGUUGGGUAUCAUUUGGGUUUUUUCCGAUUACCGCUGCUAAAACCAGACUUUUAAGAUGGUGCCAGUGACUAAACAAAGCAAUCAAUUAAAACGGUGCCUGAACCGAUACUUUAACAAAAGAAAAGCACAGAACGACUUGUUUAAUGAUAAGGCCAUAUGGUCAAACUUAAAAGUGCUG